GAGGGGCGGAGCUGGGCGGGGCCUCAAGGGCCGGCGGCGGAGCCUCGCGAAGGUUCUAGAGUCGUCGCGUGCGGAGGGCGGGCCGCGGAGUCGCGCCGGGUCGGUGUAGUUCGCUGCUGGCGCUGCGUCGCUCUCGGGUGGCGUGUUCUGCGUUUCCUGUCGGCUCCCGUGCACCGGUGCAGCUCCGGCCUCGGGCCCGUCCGCCGCACCAUGGCUUCCACUUUGGAGGAGUUGCAGAAAGACCUAGAAGAGGUCAAAGUGUUGCUGGAAAAGACCACUAGGAAAAGAGUGCGUGAUACUCUUACAAGUGAAAAAUCCAAGAUUGAGACGGAAAUAAAGAACAAGAUGCAGCAGAAAUCGCAGAAGAAACCAGAACUUGACAAUGAAAAGCCAGCUGCUGUGGUUGCUCCUCUUACAACAGGAUACACUGUGAAAAUCAGUAAUUAUGGAUGGGAUCAGUCAGAUAAGUUUGUGAAAAUCUACAUUACCUUAACUGGAGUUCAUCAGGUUCCCACUGAGAAUGUGCAGGUACACUUCACAGAGAGGUCAUUUGAUCUUUUGGUAAAAAAUCUCAAUGGCAAGAAUUACUCCAUGAUUGUGAACAAUCUUUUGAAACCCAUCUCUGUGGAAAGCAGUUCAAAAAAAGUCAAGACUGAUACAGUAAUCAUCUUAUGUAGAAAGAAAGCAGAAAACACACGAUGGGACUACUUAACUCAGGUGGAAAAAGAAUGCAAAGAGAAAGAAAAGCCUUCCUACGACGCUGAAACAGAUCCCAGUGAGGGGUUAAUGAACGUUCUAAAGAAAAUCUAUGAAGAUGGAGACGAUGACAUGAAGCGAACCAUUAAUAAAGCGUGGGUGGAAUCUAGAGAGAAGCAAGCCAGAGAAGACACGGAAUUUUGAGACUUUUAAGUCCCUUGGGAACUGUGAUAUGGAACACUCAUGUUCCCAGUAAGGGAAUGUUGUUGAACUGCACAUAAAAUUUGACAGAUAACUAUUUACACAGCCUUAUAAGUAAAGACAGCAAAUUCUCUAUUUCUUACUGGAGGAUUUGAUUUAAGUAAAUAUGCUUAUUAAACAUUUCCUUCAUUAGCAUCAUAGUCAUUUUGUUAAGAAAAGGUUUUACAUUUACUGAAAUGUAAAAAAGAAAUCUUACAUGAUGAAAAUGUUACUUUUGUUCUGGCUGAAAGGUAAAAAACAAAAUAUUUGCCUAUAACUGACAUCAUCUCCCAUAAUGUAAAAUUAAAACCAAAAUUUUUGCAUAAGAUUCAAAUUUGUACACAAACUUGCAAGUUACGAUAUACCUGUUACCCAUUAUUACCACCUUAAACAAUGAGUGUGCCAUGCGCUACCAUGUAUACUAAUUGAUUUAAGUAUACUUAUGAAUAUAAAAUUUAAACAAAAUACAAAUGACAAAAACAGACAAACAUCUUACGUUGUAAGUACUGCCGUGGAGCAGCUGGCUUAUAAAAAUAUAACCAUGAUGCAACAGUUUAUCUAUUCCUUUGUUCAAUAAAGUUCAAGUUUUACGUAAAAGAUCA